UGCGCCUGCGCCGAAAUACAGGAAGUGUUAACAUUUCUUUUACCAGCUGAUAGCCAAAUUGUCAACAGUCAAGCCUCCGGGACAUCCGCUGCUGAAACGACGCUUUCGCCCCAGAGAAAAACCAAGGGACAGAACAGGAGAAGAAGUCCUUUGUGAGACCUGACUGCACUGUUUUGAGAGGCAGAGUAAGUGACUGAUACUCCAGAAGCUCCCAUUCCCACCCCAGGGAGGAGGUCCGGCCCCCCUGCUGUCUCCUGCUCGGGUCGGUAUGAGCUCCAGAGGGAGUGGAGGCCGCUCCAACGGCACACUACCGCAGACCAAGAUCUGCCAGUUCAAACUGGUGCUGCUGGGAGACAUGGCCGUGGGCAAGUCCAGCCUGGUGCUGCGCUUCGUCAAAGGACAGUUUGACGAGUUCCAAGAGACGACUAUCGGAGCUGCCUUCCUGGCCCAGUCGGUGUGUCUAGAUGACACCACAGUGAAGUUUGAGAUCUGGGACACGGCAGGACAAGAGAGAUACCACAGCCUGGCUCCCAUGUACUACCGAGGUGCACAGGCUGCCAUUGUGGUCUUCGACAUCACCAAGCCGGAGACUUUUGAGAGAGCCAAGGCUUGGGUGAAGGAGCUGCAGAGACAGGCCAGCCCCAACAUUGUUAUUGCCCUGGCUGGGAACAAGGCUGACCUGGCAGAGAAGAGACUUGUGGAGUAUGAGGAGGCCCAGACCUACGCUGAGGACACUGGCUUGCUCUUCAUGGAGACGUCUGCCAAGACUGCCAUGAACGUCAACGAGCUCUUCCUGGCUAUUGCAAAAAAGAUGCCAAAAACAGACACCCAGAACCCGACACACGCAGCACGACACCGGGGAGUCAACCUGCAGGACCCCGACGCCCACUCGACUCGAGCCUGCUGUGGUGGAAACUAGACUCCCCCGACCCUGCUCCACCCUCCACAACACCACCACAGCCCUUCAACCAUCCUGUCUCCUCCAACCAACCUGCAGGGCUGGGGCCAGGCUCGGGGAGACCCGGCCUCCACUCACCCCCUUCCCCCUCCAAACCUCCACCCGCCCUUCAAUCCACCUAGACAGAUGGUCAGAAGAGAAUAAAGAGGAAAGAGAAAGUGGGGAGAGAGAGAGAGGAGAGAAAGACUGUAUCUUUUCCGCGUGUAUCUCCUCACCACCGACUGAGAGGUUCUGCAUUUAAGAAAUUCCAAGGAGAAGUGUGGAGAUGGAGGAGCAAGAAAAAAACAAGAACGUGGAAGAGAGAGUGACAAAUCAUCUAGUAUUUAGCACUAAUCGUGAAUGUUUCCUUUUUUUUUUUUUUUGUCCUUGUCUCAUUCUGCCUCGAAUAAUUUCAGCCACAGCCUGGCUUGAUUGUGUCAGGAGGCACACACUGCAGCACACGCUCGUAAGUGGCCAAGAAAAGGAAGAAAGGAAAAAAAAAUAAAAUAAAAGAGCCAAGGCAUUUGGAAGAUAAACUGCCAAUUAGAGAGGAGACUCUGUCAGUCUGCAUCUGUUACCCCGCAUCGCCUCUCGUUCCUCGUGAAUGUGCAUCACCUCCUGCUGUGAAUAAUGCCACAUACUGUUUCCCUGGAAUGAUCCCUUAACUCCUAAUCCCUCUUUCCUGCCUCAACUCUGUUUCACAGACCCACAGCAGAUAAGACCCGUGUUAGAGGGGAAGGUCUACCCAAUAUUAGUUGAUGUGUCUUUUGUUAGAUGUUUGUGUUUCUCUCGGAGCGCCGGGAGCAACACCGGCAAACUGGUUUGACUCUUCGCCUUUAUGCUCUUUCUUCUCUCCACCGGUCAGAAUAGAGGGUUCUAAAUAUAAACUAUGUGAAGCCACCAUUUAAACUUAAAAGCUCUUAAGAGUAUGCUCUUCAGUUAGAUUUCAUUAGCGGACUGAUUUUUGUUAUGUUCCUCUUAGACGCAAACACCCCCUACAAAUAUCUCCUUAUCGACAGCUCACAAUACAAGGCUGGCCACAGUGCAGUUCCCCUGAAGCAGUUUGGGUGUCAGUGCCUUGCUCAACGGCUCCUGUAGAAGUGAUGGCGGGCACCACAGAGUACAGCUCUUGAUAGCAGCAGUGCAGGCUAGAUAUGGCAUAUACUUAGCACUGUGAAACGAAUAUCACCAUAGUUUUGGGCUGCACUCUGUCAGGUGUAACAAAUAAAACGUCUGUAGCAGAGAACGCAUCACUUAAACUCAAAUAAGGUCGGACCAAAUCAGAGCACUUCAAAUCUUUAUUUUGAAUAAGUGUGAAGUAGUAUUUGCAGUUGUUGAUGGAGUGGCUUAUUUGUGAUCGGACAUUUAGUCUCAUCCACGGCCUUUCCCAGUUGAACAGCUGGCCCCAGAUAAAAUAUGGAUUCUUGAUCCCUUACACCUACUUUUCUUGUAGUUUUAAGGCUCACAUCCAAGGUAGGAAGGUAAGAAGAUAGGAAACUUUACAGACGUAAGACCUCCACGCCCUGUUGGAGAACAUAUGCUAGCCCAGUGCUCAUCUUGUAUUUAUUGUGUUCCUCAUCUGUCCAGUGUCUUAACGCUAAGUUGGCAGUGAAAAUAAAACCAUUGCUAUCUUUUCAUGCUUUUAACGAUUAAUAUAACUUGAUAUGACGCUGUUGAAACAAGAGUUGUGUGCUUGGUUGCUGUCCAAGGCCUGGUUGAAGAAAAUAAGGAAAUGAUUGAUGAAAAUACAGAAAAAAAAAACAAAACAAAAAAAAAAACAGAAGUGCCUACUCCCAGUUAUUCUUUUCUGUGAAUCAUAUGUGGGGCUUUCUUAGGGUGUGUGCUUCAUAGGCAAAAGUGAAAGAAAACCAUUUCCCUGACAUUGGCUUGUACUAUUAACCAAUAACUUGGCACCCUGUCAUUAGGCUACAUUUGCUCUUUGAAUGGUUGUAAAGAGCUCUUGUCAAAUACACUGUAUGUUAUGUAUUGUCUAAUUUUAAUGAAAAGUGUAUGUUGUUGAUUUUAACAGAGCACACUUGUGAACCUGGAAUUAAUCUUUGAAGGACUCUAAUCAAUGUUACAAAUCAGUUUGGUUUAAACAAAUGUUGGUGUCCUGGAAAAUCCUUGUACCUCUUUAUUUUAAGAUUCACAGCCAUGGAUAUUAGACAUUAAUGUUUAAAAAAAAAAAAAAAAAAAAAGUGCUGAAUUAGUUAAAAAAAAAUGUGAUUGGCACAAGAAGGGCAAUACCAUUUUUGAUUGAUUUUUUUCAAAGUUAUUAUCCCCCCCCCUCCCCUUCAGGACACUAACAAUCAGCUCAUCAUGUAAAAUUGUUUAGAAUAUUGAAUAGCGUUCACUCAUUAACUCUUGAAUGAUCACCAGUAAGUUCAGUGUCAUGUGCAAUUAAGAUGACAGUUCAUUAAGCAGAAAUGGACUCAGUUUCCCAUCAGCACCUCUGUAUAGUGUUGUUCAAUAAAGCUGUGUAUGGCGCCAUGAGCGCAGAA